CUCUCAACUAUAGGAGAGAGAGUCAUAUCUGUCAGCUCAAGUCAUCUCUCCGGACUCCUGGUCUCUCCUCCAUUACUAACAAUUUGAUCAGAAGCUCAUCUGCCUCCUCUAUCUUCUUACUGUAUUCUCUCAAGAAAACCCCAUUAUCAUCCUCUCUCUCUCUCUUCUCUCUCUCUCUCUUCUCUCUCUACAUAUAUAUCAAUUACAGAAGAGGAGGAGAAAAAUGGGAUACGAGAAAGAAGCAAGCUCAUCCUCACAUGCCCUCAAAGUCCCACCUCUACUACUCCCCAGAGAAGACACCCCUCUCCUCCUCUCCAAAUCCAAACCUCUCUCCUCCAAUCCCAAGACCUUCGCCAACGUCUUCAUCGCCAUCGUUGGCGCCGGCGUCCUCGGCCUCCCCUACACCUUCAAGCGCACCGGCUGGGCCAUGGGCGUCCUCCUCAUCUCCGCCGUCGGCUUCCUCACCUACCAUUGCAUGAUGCUCCUCAUCCACACCCGCCGCCGCAUCGCCUCCCUCCACGGCGGCAUAUCCAAGAUCUCCUCCUUCGGCGACCUCGGCUUCGCCGUCUGCGGCCCCCUCGGCCGCCUCUCCGUCGACUCCAUGAUCAUCCUCUCCCAAGCCGGCUUCUGCGUCAGCUACCUCAUCUUCGUCGCCACCACUUUAGCCGUCGUCUUCAAUUCCUCCCCAACCACAAACCCUAAUCCCCAAUUCCUCGGCCUUUCUCUCAAAUCAAUCUACAUCUGGGUUUGCUUUCCCUUCCAAUUGGGUCUCAAUUCAAUCCCAACUUUAACCCAUUUAGCCCCUCUCAGCAUCUUCGCUGACAUAGUCGAUCUCGGAGCUAUGGCCGUAGUGAUGAUCGAAGAUGUUACAAUUUUCCUUCAACAGAGACCAGUUCUACAAGCUUUCGGAGGCUUCUCUGUGUUUUUUUACGGUUUAGGUGUGGCCGUUUAUGCAUUCGAAGGAAUCGGAAUGGUUUUACCACUAGAAUCAGAGAUCAAAGAGAAAGACAAGUUUGGGAAAAUUCUGGGUUUAUCAAUGACAUUCAUUUCUUUGAUGUAUGGAGGUUUUGGAGUUCUGGGUUACAUGGCUUUUGGGGAAGACACAAAGGACAUAAUCACAACCAAUCUAGGACCAGGCUUGUUGAGCACUAUAGUUCAAAUAGGUCUGUGUGUGAAUCUUUUCUUCACAUUCCCACUGAUGAUGAACCCAGUUCAUGAGGUGGUGGAGAGGAGGUUCUGGGGAGGACAGUACUGUCUGUGGCUGAGAUGGGUGCUGGUGCUGGUGGUUAGUUUGGUGGCUCUUUUGGUUCCGAAUUUUGCAGAUUUCUUGUCACUCGUGGGGAGUAGUGUGUGUAUUGUUCUGGGUUUUGUGUUGCCAGCUCUGUUUCAUUUGAUGGUGUAUAAAGAUGAGUUGGGUUGGAUUGGGAUGUGUUUGGAUGGUGGGAUUGUGGCGUUGGGUUUGGUUUUGGCUGUGUAUGGAACUUGGUCUUCUCUGUCGGAGAUAUUUUCCACCCACGCUUGAUCAACAAUGGAGCUCAUCUUCUCUGUCUAAUUUUACGGUUUAAUUUGUAAAAUUUUCAAGUGGGGGUUGUUUGCUGGUAAUUAUUUAAUAAUUUUGGAAUAUAAGCAUUGUAAUUGAUAGAGAAGAUCAAUAAGUGGAGUGUUGUAUUAGGUGAUUGAGAAAUAUAAAAAAAUAUCUUAAUAAUGAUUAGUUAAGAAGUUGGGAUAUGCGAUAUUCGGAAAACAUUCAAUAAUUUUCAUGUUGGUGGUGAUAUUUUAAAAUAAGAACAAUUGUUAA